AAUAUUUACUUUUUACCCCCACGUGGCAUCAUCUCGUUCACCAUUUACCCCUCCGACUUAAAUUAUUUCUAUUUAUAGUUCAUCUCACCAAAUUUUCUCACUUUUCCCCCCACCACUACCCUUUCUUUCUUUUUCGUUCUUCCGUUAUAUUUCAUCAUUAACAAAUUCUUGGAAUUCAAUCUUGAAUGCCGGAAGACGAAAGGAGAAUUAAAAUGUCGUCGUUGAGGGAAAAAACCGCUUCUUUACCUCCAAAAAUCAGCAGCAACGCCGUGCAUAAUUCUGAUCCUAACCUCUCCGCUAAUUUUAAUUUCCCGGCCAACGACGACGACGACGGCUAUAACAACCGUCGCAGCGACGCCUCCGCCAAUGAACCCAACCGUAUAAGCUGUGAUGCUUCACCUAUUACGAUGUCACCCUGGAACCAGACUACUCCUUUCCAGUCAUCUCCUUGGUUAAGUGGUGCCGCCGACAGCUCCGGUCAUCAAAAGAAUGAUUUCGUUGGGUCUAUUGUCCGGGAGGAAGGCCACAUUUAUUCACUUGCAGCCACCGGUGAUUUACUUUACACCGGAUCCGACAGCAAAAACAUCCGUGUGUGGAGGAACAUGAAGGAGUAUACAGCGUUUAAAUCCAACAGUGGGUUGGUGAAGGCUAUUAUUUUAUCCGGCGAUAAGAUCUUCACCGGCCAUCAAGACGGGAGGGUUCGUGUUUGGAAGAAGAACCGAAAGAAUCCCAGGAACCAUAAACGCAUCGGUACAUUCCCGACGUUUUUCGACGUCUUGAAGACGUCGAUGAGGCCGAAGAAUUACGUGGAAGUGAAGCGUAAAUGCACCACGCUCUGGAUCAAACACUGCGACGCUAUUUCUUGUCUUAGCAUCGAAGAAGGAGAAGGUCUUUUAUACUCAGCUUCGUGGGAUCGAACGUUCAAAGUUUGGCAAACGUCGAAAUCGAAAUGUUUAGAGUCAGUGAAGGCGCACGAUGACGCUGUGAACUCCGUCAUCAGCACGAAAUCCGGCUUGGUGUUCACCGGAUCGGCGGACGGGACUGUGAAAGUCUGGAAACGCGAAGGGAAGGGGAAGACGAUGAAGCAUCAUCAUGUGGAGACGCUUUUGAAUCAAGAAUGCGCAGUGACGGCGUUAGCGGUGUCGAAAAAUGGUUCCAUUGUGUACUGUGGUUUGUCCGACGGGUUGGUUAACUUCUGGGAGUGGGAAAAACAGUUAUCUCACGGCGGUUUUCUCAAGGGCCAUAAGUUGGCGGUGCUUUGCCUUGCAUCCUCCGGAAAUCUCCUGUUAAGCGGCUCAGCUGAUAAAACGAUAUGCGUGUGGAAGAGAGAAGGGAACGUCCAUAAUUGUUUGUCGGUGCUGACGGGGCAUACCGGACCGGUGAAGUGUCUGGCGGUGGAGAGGGAGGAUGGGUCGAGCUCCGGCGACGGAAAAUUGGUGGUUUAUAGUGGCAGUUUGGAUAAAUCAGUGAAAGUAUGGAAUGUGUCGGAGAAGUCGCCGGAGACGCAACAAAUGGUAACGAUGCCAUCUUUGAAGGAGUUUGCCGUGUUGUAGUUAUUUGGACCGAUGAUCUUAGAAGAUUAAUUCUGAUUUCGGUUUAGACGCUGAGAUGAGGUUUUAGUAGUGGGGAAUGUGGAUCUUUACUCGAUAUUUAUAUAUAACUGCGUACUAAAAAUCUUUUUUAAUCCGUUUAUCGUAAUUCGAUAGAAUUAAUUUCAAGAUACAAAUGGACCGAUUUCAUCGUAACAUCGAUUAUUAUAGUUAUAUGUCAAAAAACCCAUCCUUAAUUGUAGUUUAAUUUCUGAUA